AUGAGCCUUACAUAUGGAAUUGGUGGUGCUACCACAGCGUUGGCAGUGGUUGGGGCUUAUAUGCUCUUUACUGGCGAUGGAGAAGCUUUCAAUUUCGGACAAUUCCUCGAAGAGAUAUCGCCAUACGCGUGGGCAGACAUGGGUAUUGGCAUGUGUAUAGGAUUGUCAGUUGUUGGGGCAGCAUGGGGAAUUCUGAUUACCGGCUCUUCGAUUCUCGGUGGUGGUGUUAAAGCUCCUCGCAUUCGAACCAAGAAUCUUAUCUCCAUUAUUUUUUGCGAAGUAGUCGCCAUUUACGGCGUCAUCAUGUCCAUCGUCUUUUCAUCCAAGCUCGGUCUCAUGGAGAGCGAAAACCUUUAUUCUGCUAGCAACUACUACACUGGAUACGCCCUAUUUUGGUCUGGCAUAACAGUGGGAAUGUGCAACUUGAUAUGCGGUGUUUCGGUCGGCAUCAAUGGUAGUGGUGCUGCUCUUGCAGAUGCUGCUGACCCAAGCUUGUUCGUUAAGAUUUUGGUCAUCGAGAUCUUCAGUUCCGUACUAGGACUUUUUGGUCUCAUUAUCGGCUUGUUGGUUUCAUCAAAGGCACCGGACUUCGAGUAGAGGAUAAGCUGUGGGCGUGAAGGGUAGUUGCAGUUCUGGUGUGGAAAGAUACGUUAGAUAAAUGACUGUUUUGUACCGUGUAUAUCAUCCAAGUGGAAGCCGACACAUGGCGUUCAGGGAGGAAUCGAUUUCAAGCACUUUUGGGUUUUUAGGCAAGGUUGCAUUAAUAUUACUAUAGUCAAAUGAUGGUAUUGCUAGAUUGUAUUAUUAAAGUGCCAUUGUAGUAAAUGGAACGCUCGUGCUCUCGAACAU